AUGGUGAACUCGUACCUUACUGGCCUCUUUUUGGCAAUUAUUUCGACUCUAUUUAUAGGAUGCAGCUUCAUCUUCAAAAAGGUAGGCCUGAUCAGGCUGUCCAACAGAGGCCUGCGCGCCGGAAGAGGCGGUUUUGGCUACCUCAAAGACUGGGUUUGGUGGAUGGGACUGAUCUUCAUGGGCGUCGGCGAGUUGGCCAACUUUACCGCGUACGCCUUUGCGCCGGCCUCUCUGGUCACUCCGCUGGGCGCUCUCAGCGUUCUCAUCAGCUCCCUCCUGGCGCAUAAGUACCUGAAGGAGAACCUGAACAUUCUCUCGAAGCUGGGCUGCGCUCUCGCCAUCAUCGGCUCCACCGUCAUCGUCCUCCACGCCCCGAAGGAGGGCAAGGUGGACACGCUGGACGACAUAUCGUACAUGCUGGCACAGCCACUCUUCAUCGCCUACUUCAUGCUGGUCAUCUUCGGCUCCUCGCUGCUCAUUGUGAUCUUUGUGCCUCGCUACGGCAACACCAACGUCCUCGUCUACAUCGUCAUCUGCUCCAUCAUCGGCUCCCUCUCCGUGAUCUCCUGCAAAGGCCUCGGCAUCGGCCUCCGACAGACCUUUGACGGGGACAGCCAGCUGACGCGGUCCCUCUUCUGGAUUCUCCUCCUCUCCGUCGUCAUCACCGUCUCCAUUCAGAUGAACUACCUUAAUAAGGCACUUGACAUCUUCGACACCUCCAUCGUCACGCCCAUCUACUACGUCUUCUUCACCACCUUUGUGCUCAUCGCCUCGGCCAUUCUCUACAAGGAAUGGCAGUCAAUGACCAUUGAGAAUGUGAUUGGCAACCUCUGCGGUUUUGCCACCAUCAUCAUCGGCAUCUUUCUCCUCAAUGCAUUUAAGGAUAUCAAUCUCAACUUGGACAAUCUCAAGAACCAGCUGCUGAACAGCAAAGGAGCCAACUCCGCCGAUCGGUACAUGUCUGAGAUUGUCGUCCACGACCCACUGAUGCCGGAUAUUCGUCGCAACUUCAUGCAUUCGGAGAAGCCCGGUCUGAUCAGCUAUACAAUGGAUGAUGACGAGUUAUAG